AUGUGGUAUCACUCGCUAAAAACUAGACAAAGUGUCAAACGAAUUAAUACACGUAAUAGCAAUGGAACUGCAGUUGCUUUGGAAUAUAUUGAUAAGAAAGUUGAAGUCCAUCAUCUCUCGGUAUUAUUUUAAUAUUUUAUAAUUAUACCUCUAGAAUUAUGCCAAAUUAUGUCUUAGUCUAAACAGAAGAUGAACUGUCUAGGUGGACUUGCUCUGUAAGUCAUCUAAUCACCUAGUUCAUGCCUGAAGCCGGUGACCCGGCGUUGACUGUGCCUGCGGUUAGGGUUUAUGAGUCAGAAUACUACUCAUCACUGGUGCCACAGGCCGACAUGAUCAAGUGGUAUGUGAAGAAAGUUGACUCAAGUUCAACUUCCCUGGCAUGUCAGCAGCAAGAUGAGAUGUACUUCGUUGUGUCUAGUUGUGACAAUUUCUAAUAUGUGAAUGCUUUUCUGACACACCUGCAGCAUGCCGUAAGCUCAAUAUAUCCCACAAUACAUUGGGCAGGUGUGAAAAAAGAGUAUUGUCAAAAUACAAACAUUCAGGGUUUCACUCUCGCCAGCCUGUCAGUGGUAGUCAGACGUUGCCUAUUAGGCAGGCUAUCUUUCCUCUGCCCAAGUUUGUCCAGGAAGACUAUCCACGGUCUCCCCUGUCGAUUAAUUUGUUAAUUAUCCUUAAUUAUUUAGCGGGAAACAAGUCCUUUAGGCUUUGACGAAGGAACUUGUGUCAUAUUUGUCUCGCCUCAAGAUAGCUGCCUGAUGUUAAUUGCGGUAAACAUUUCUGCCAAAGGAAAAUCGACAUUUGAGUUUCGGGCGUGGGAACUCACAAGUGGUGGAGCAUUUGUUCAACGAGAUAUCUCAGUGAAGGAUAUUCUGGGUUCAUUUACUAAUGAUGGGAAAUCAAAGUAAGAUGAACUAAACUUAACCUAAUCUAACUGGAUAGCUUUAUCAGUUCAGUAAACUGUUCUUCCUAGAGGUCAGUAAGGAUCAUCUCUUAUUGAUCCAGUGUUACUACAGGAGGAAACCUAAACUAAACUAACUUUAUUUAUACUGGAUAGCUCUAUCAGUUCUAAACUGUUCUUCCUAGAGGUCCAGUAAGAAUAUCUCUUAUUGAUCCAGUGUUACUACAGGAGGAAACCUAAACUAAACUAACUUUAUUUAUACUGGAUAACUCUAUCAGUUCUAAACUGUUCUCCCUAGAGGUCCAGUAAGGGUGAUCAUCUCUUAUUGAUCCAGUGUUACUGCAGGAGGAAACCUAAACUAAACUAUAAUCUAUUAAAAAUAAUGGAAAGUUGUUUUAUUCUGAACUGUUCUUCCUAGAGGUACAGGAAGGGUCAUUCCUAGAAGGUUCAGUGUAACUACAUGAGGAAACCAGAGAAUCUGGAGAUGACAGGCAGUGUUUGAUAUUUAGAGUCAACUAGAAGCACUUUUCUCACAUGUGACUGAGAAUUAUAAUCAGACAAUAGAUAUUGCAGGAAUGGAACUCUCAGGUCACAGAGCUAGAUGAAAGACACAUAUAUAGAUGAUGUUAAGACAUGCCAUUCCUCUUCAGAGCUUUAUUAAGUCUGCCUGAAAGUAGCCAGCAUAAUAAUCAACAUGGCUUGAGAGCCGACGCCCUUGGUGAUGUCAUGGCUAUAGCUUUGGGAGUCAGCAUGAUAUAUAUUUGGAAAUGUACAAAGGUAAGUCGAAUAUGCACUUUUAACCUUUUAUGCAUUUCAACAUUGACUUAUAGAAUCCAUCAAUUCCCUUCCUCCAAAUUACUCUCUGGGAACCCAAUCAGAUCUCUUUCUUUUGAUGUAUAAUCAAGAGCCUAAUUUUUAAGAAGAGACCAAGUGAAAAUGGCUCUAAGAAUGAGAAUGAGUAAAUCAAUGAUAUCUGUACAUGUCCAUAACAAAAUAUGGCAUCUUUUAACCCCGGUUCCCACUGGCAAUUCUGUCCGCGAUUUUGUCCUUCUGACGGAUGCAAAUGAGUGAACUCGCACACAAAAGUAUAGAGUCGCUAUUCAGAAGUAAACAAUUCUAAGUCUUUUGCACGUCAUUCAUUCAAUCACAUUUACCAGGAGGAGAAAAAUUGCCAUCAUAAAUGCUAGCGUGAGCCAGCCUUCAGUGUACCAAAGUCUUGUGUUUUAUCUGUCAUAAUGAUGUGGUCAUUCUAGACGGAGAGUUUAAACUGUGAUAUUGUGACACAAGUCAGUUCUUCCAUGUCAGCAUUGGAUAUAAUUUUACUGCAGUCAUCAAAAGGUACAGUGGAAAUUGCUGCUUCAAUUAGUAGGUUUAGUGUACUGGGCCACACCUUAUUUGUGCAGUGUUAUACUACAGGAGGAAACCUAAACUGCAGUCAACUUACUUUCAGGCAGUUUUCCACAGUUGUUGGUUGGUGAAAGUGGUGGUAUACGAGUAUGGCAAGACACUGAAGGUGAGUUUGCUCAUGAAAUGGUAAGAGUGAAAAACAUAACAAUCUCAGACUUGUUAAUAAUUCAUGUGUAAAUUAGCCAACCAUAUUGCUUUAUUUUGCUCACAUGAUAAUACUGAAUAGUGAAUACCUAGUGAAGUAUGUUGUAAUAGUCCUUGGACUGGAUCGAAGUUAACUGAUUCAGUCCUAGGAUUGGAUGAAAAUUAAUUCACCUUACUUUGAGUUGUGAUUUAUUCGUAUGAGAUGUCAUUUCAAAUCCUCCAAUUCAGACUGGACUAGAUUUCAAGAGUCCUCGCAUUUUGAUCCUGUCCUCGGCUUUGCCUCGAACUUGAUCAAAUUACGUGGACUUGAAAUCCAGUCCAGCUAUAGUCGGAUUUGAAAUAUUACUUCAAAAGGUCUAGAAUGUUUGAUCAUUUUUUUAUUUUUUGUAUUUAGAAAUGGGAGAAUCUGAACCACUCUCUACGUUUAAAGACACCUUUUGUUCAGUACCAUCAUUUGAUGCGGGAACAAGCCUAGUCACAUGUCAAGGUAACUUGUUACAAAUUUAAAACAGUUUAAGCCGCCUUGGCUUGUGUUGGUCUGAACCACCUGAAAAAGAUCAGUAUCUCAAACGUUGGUCCAGUGUAGAUAGUAUAUAAUUCUACAAUAAGCUGUCGUGGUUUGUGUCUGAACUACCUGAAAAAGAUAUCUCAAACGUGGUGGUUCAGUGUAGGUAGUAUUCUACAAUAAGCUGUCGUGGUUUGUGUCGUCUUGAACCACCUGAAAGUAUCUCAAACGUGGUGGUCCAGUGUAGGUAGUAUUCUACAAUAAGCUGCCGUGGUUUGUGUCUGAACUACCUGAAAAAAAUAUCUCAAACGUGGUGGUCCAGUGUAGGUAGUAUUCUACAAUAAGCUGUCGUGGUUUGUGUCUGAACUACCUGAAAAAGAUAUCUCAAACGUGGUGGUCCAGUGUAGGUAGUAUUCUGCAAUAAGCUGUCGUGGUUUGUGUCUGAACUACUUGAAAAAGAUAUCUCAAACGUGGUGGUCCAGUGUAGUUAGUAUUCUGUAAUAAGCUGUCGUGGUUUGUGUCUGAACUACCUGAAAAAGAUAUCUCAAACGUGGAGGUCCAGUGUGCAGGUAGUAUUCUACAAUUGACCGGUUUCCGUGUUUGAAAUUUUCUAUUUUUUUAGACUUUCAACGAAUUCAUAAUGGUGCUUGUAUUUUUUCCAAUAAUAUUGGAAAUUUGUAUUUAUUUACGGCAUCGCGAGUCAUAAAUCUAAGACUGCCGGUGUCACACGGUGGGCAUGGGUUGUUUGCUGUCGAAAAUGUGGACGAAAAGUGUUCGAAAGGUCUGUAUUCGUGAAGCGUUAUGAUAUUAUAAUGAGGAAUAUUGCAGGAAUAGAACCCUAGCACUGACCAGUUGGUCACCAGCACCUAAUUUCUCUUCUAUGCUUUCAGCAACUUUGGCUGUCGUCACAAAAGGCCACACGAUAAAUCUGUACCAGUUAGAAGACGUUCAAAACCUGGCGCUAAAACCAGACAGUUGUCAAGAUUUGUCGUUCGUUCCUAACCAUGUUCUGUUUUCAACGCAGUCACUUGGGGCAAUCUCAUUCCUCAAUAAGGCAUCCCUGAUUGCCUGUUCUCCGUCAAGUCGGACACUCUCUAUGUGGGUUGGAGUAUGA